AUGGGCGAGGUGAUUACCGGAAUCGUGAAUGAUUUGGUAGCGGAGAUGCAAGGGCAGAUCGACCUCCUGGAAUCCCGCUCCGUCGACCGAACCUACAACUCCCACGCCCGCCACCCCUCCUCCCCAAUCCAAUUCCUCCUCGGCCCAGAAAUGGCGGAACCCUCGAAUGCUCCCACAACAUUGGCCGCGCUUCAAGCAGUAGGAAAGGACUUGAAGAGUUUAGUGGGGUGGAUGAAGUUUUAUGGGAUGUUACCGCCUGAGGCGAGGGUUGGGGACGAGGAGAGGGAAGAGUUGUGGGUGCAGUUUGGGAGGUUUUUGGGGGUGAAUAUUGAGGCUAGUGAGGAGGUGGAUGGAGAGGCUUGA